UUCAAGUAUCGAGUCCUAGCAAAAAGACCACCCUGAAAAAAGUCACGACAACAUGAAUCUACAGAAUGGUAGCAAUCGUGGUUCUCACGGCAAGGAUUCGGCGAAGCGAUUCUCUAUACACGAUGCCUUUGAAGAGGAAACCGACGAAGUAAUUAAGGUUUAUGGUUCGACCGUCAUCAGCACGCCUAUACGAGCAAAGGCUCGUUCACCGGACGAUGUGUCUAUAAGGAUUCACGACCAAAGCAGCAAUCGAGCUCAUCUAAAAUACACCGAUGAUACCACCUCUAGGGAUAGCGACUCGCUGAUACAGGAGUAUGGCCACCUUUCAUCGAGCGAAUCAUACACCUACUGUUGGCGACACCCAAAGGUGCGAGAAAACUGGCGCACUGUACUCGCCGCGAUCGCGCUGCUGAUCAUCGGCACCGGCUUGAUAGCGAUGGGUGCGUACGCCUUGGUUGAACCGCACAAUGGGUCGCAGGCAGCCGUCUUUUUCGUCGCUGGAUUCAUAUGCUUCGUGCCUGGAGCGUACCACGUAGUUUACAUCUGGCUGGCAGCUCGAGGAUACCGGGGAUUCGAUUUUUACCAUUUACCACUGUUUACGUAA